CUUGUGAUUCGCCGGCGUGCCUUCUCCAAGGCGAUUGGGACGCGGAGGUUGCCGGCGAGGAGUCAGCGGAGUUGGCCAUGGGGGAAACGGCAGACGAAAGCGAACUGGUGGACUCUGAGCAGAUUAUGUUGGAGGUGCAGCAAGAGGCGCAAAUGAAAGAAAUUCUAGAACUCUCACUGUUCGAAAUGAAAAAUACAGCGGCCGAACUGGAGAAAAGCCUUAACAACGUUGAGGAUGAAGAUAAUGAAUGGAAGACCAGGUAUGAAACCCAAAUAGAGCUGAACAGGCAGUUAGAAAGGCAAAUCGGGCUUCUCCAAGGAAAAAUGCAGCACAUUUGUGGCAGCCCAACAGACAGAUUGGCUUCUGUUCAUUCUUUUGAUCAAAUGCACAUGGAUUCUUUAGAUCAGUUUCUGAAACAACUGGAAGAAGAGAAGUCAAGUCUUCGGAACCAGCUGAAAGAUCAUGAGCUCAGAUUGAAGCAAGAAGCGAAGGCUUACCAUAAAGCUAAUGAUGAACAGCGUGCAUUCUUAGCAGUGAUUUCGCAGAUAUCAGGAUCAUUGAGAUCAUCUGAGAGGCAGAAAAAGGAUGAAGUAGAAAUCAAGAGGGAAAACCAAAUUCUGAGAGGAAAGUGUAAUAUUCCAAAGAAUCAAAGAAUCUUGGACCCAAAGAAAGGACCAAUUAAGAAGACUGCAGGAGUGAAGCAUCUUCCCAAACUGAAACUCUGACUACUGUUUCCAAAGAUUUUGAUUUGUUUAUUCUCCCACAUAUCGAAUUAAAUGUAUUAUUUUAAGACAGAAUGUAUAUUAAAGUUGCAGUUCUAACCACAGAA